CAGCCAUUAUGUUAAAGCAACGGUUCUCUCAUUCACUGAACAAAUAAACAUUCAUUCAGUUAUUCAGUGUUGAAAACCAUCACUAAUUCAUUGAUAUAUUUAGACCAUCAGUGGAUCCAUAAGUUGUGAGAUUUGUUAAGACAUUAGACGUAAAUGUGUUGAGACAUCAGUGAUGGCUAGUAAUGAGAAUAACGGUAAGAUUAAGGGACUACUCCCUCAAGAGAACUCUUCCCCCAAAGUGGACAUCAAGAAGGAAUCAAUCACUCAGUAUAAUGAUGUCCAGACCCGACCUUUGGACAGAGAACGCCCACAACUCCUAGAAAUUCUUCGACAGGUGGUGCGCUCGUGUACGGCCCCCGACUCAUCCAAAAGACCCUCCGCUUCUGAAAUCAAUGAAUUACUUAAAUCCUACCUCUGAUGACACAACAGAGUCGAUGGACUAUAAUUGAAUGUUUGGUCUGCCAUUAGGUCAGACACGAGAACACACCAGAAAUCUAAUCAAACUUUACUUAUGAGGGAAAACAAAACUAAAACAUGUAAUAGACAUACCGUUCCCCUACAAAAGUUUUGGAGUUUUGGUAUUUGCAAGACUGUAUGACUCGAGUCUAAUUCAUUUUGUUUGGUCUGUCUAUCGAAAAAUUGAGACCAGAAAUGAGAAAACAAUGCAAUUGUGGAUCAAAUAAAAUGUCAUUUUAUUGAUAGUGA